UCAUGCUCUGUCGAAACCUGAUUCUGGAGAAAUGUAAGUCCCUCCCUUCCUCGUCUCCCACCUCUGCUUGUUUGGUAAAGUUACGCCACUAGAACAGUUUUUUCGUAUCCCCAUCGAUUAAAUUUAGAACAUUUUUUAGGAUGAAACUUAAGGGGAUAGAAUGUGCCUGACGAAAACGUCUGCUAAUCUAAAUCAAAAUAAUAGCAUCCUCAAUAUCAUGCCUGGUGUGAAGCAACGCUCAAGUAGAGCCAAAUUCUUGUGCAUAUCGAAUUACAUAGAUUAUGCUAUUUUAUAAGACGUUUUUUUUUAGGCAUUUUUUAAGACAUCAAUUUUAUUUGAUAGACAAUCUAUUUCAUAAUAUGGCAUUACAUAUUCCACGUUCAACUACGCCCACAGUGUUAGAAAACGAUAAAAAAGCUGUACAGACAUUAAUAUUAAAAUUAAAAACAGACGCUGAGGAACAAUUUAAAGAAGGUGCAGAGAAAUGUCAACGAGAUUUAAAAAAUGGUGAUGUUAGUGAGGACGAAGUUGAUGAAUUUGUUACAAAAGUCUUUGAAAACUUAAAUAAAACAUUUUUAAGUUAUUCUGAUGACUUACAACAGUCUGUUAAAGCUAAAGCACCAAAAAAACCGAAGAAAGAAGAAUUUAAUGAUCAACAAACCUAUAGAGCUGCAAUGGAAAAAUAUGAACAGGAAAAACAACAAUAUAUCGAAUUUGUGGGAUGGGUUGGUGCUAUUAUAUCACGCUUAAUGAUGUGGUUAAAAGACCUAUUUGUGUCUAUAAAAGAAUUUUUUAGAAAAUUAUGGAAUUGGAUUAAAGAAGCAUUUCAAAAUAUAGCACAAAAAGUUAAAGAUUUCUUCGAAUUUGUUGGCCAAAGAUUUAGUACUCUUGCAGCAUGGUUAUUUGAAUAA